GUCUAAAAAAAUGUUUCACGUUGUUUACAUUUCUACUUUUGAGGGUUCCAAUAGAUUAAACAUGUUAAACGCUUAGUCUUCGUGUGCCACGACGAGCAUAAACAUGGAGGACCAAAUUGAGCUGUUCUCUUUUCGAUCAAUUGCUCGAGAAACAAUAAAUGGUUUUGUAUUUUGGUCCUUGUUUCAAGGUCUAGGGCCUAUGAUAUGGUUCUAUCCUUUAAAUGAACUUGAUAUAUCCGGAUAUGAGGCGUUUGCUGCCACCUGGUUCAGCCCUAUUCUCCUUGGUAUACCAGGCAUGAUGUUACUGGUUCAGAAUCGAUGGGUCUUGGGUUUGCUUCGGCUACUGAUGGUUGGAUCCUUGGCCUCAUUUCAGGCACCCACAACUCUGACCAGACUCAUGAUUCUUGCAGGGGGAGCUGGAGUUCAAAUGCUCGUUUUAGCAUCCACAUUAUGGAGUCCAGAUGUCAAAAUAAGAUCCUCAACAUUCUGGGGACUUUUUCUGGGACUACUGUCCUUGAUCACAAGCAGGGUAUGGUUUGUCUCCUUUAUUCCCACCUGGUGGAGCAACAGUACAAACUCAGCAAUCAUUGCCAUAGCCGUCAUUUCCACCAUAGACCAAAUAUUUUCAGGAGCAGACAUUGUAAACAACAAAGAAAAAGAGAGACCUGAUCAGCCAUACUGGUUCCCUACAGCUAUUGGAUUUGGAAGUCUUAUCUAUCUGACACACUGGUGUUUUGGGGAGGUGUCAUUAAUUACUAGAUGGGUGGUGACUGGCUUUCCAGACCAUGGACCAAUGCCUUAUCCUUGGGGAAUUGGAGUAUUCUUAUGUCUUGUAUUUGGAUUUUACAUGUCAGCAUGUCGCCACGUAGCACAAAGUAAAAUCUGGUGGCUGAUAGGUGCCCUAUCUCUAGCUGGACUGUAUUACUUACCAACCUUCCAGGGCUACACAGCUGGCCUAGUAUUAGCUGUAUACACCAUGUCCAUUUGGCCAGAAAUGGCUGACAGGAUCAGUAGAUGCCCUCCAGCAAGGUCACUUGUGGUUGCCGUGGUCACCUAUCUUGUGGAGAUUUUCUUUUUUGUGUGGACCGUGGCAUAUAACUUUGUACCUGGUGGUGUCUAUACUAGAGAACAUACAGACUAUCUUAUAGCAGCUGUGAUGUUAGGAAUAUUUAUAGGAUUAUUUAUUGGUAAAUCUUUUGACCAGACCUUUACAGUAUUACCUGUAGUUGAUAAGAAGAGGAUUUCACUUUCAAAAGUCAACAUCUUUUUGGGACUGAUUCUGUGCUGUGGCCUGACUGGAUUUGCCACAAGAUACAGUCAACAAAAGAUUUCCCAUCCUGCAAAGGCAGAAUCUGAACCAGAAUUUUCAGCCAUGAUUUGGACAUACCACUUUGGCUAUGACAAUAAAGGCUGGCCGAGUCUGGAACGCUCUGCCAAACUUAUCAAUGAAACAGGAGCUGAUUUUGUGACCCUUCUGGAGAGUGAUGCUUCCAAACCAUUCCUUGGGAACAAUGAUCUUGGAAUGUGGUUGGGGGAGAAGCUGGGAAUGUACGUAGACUUUGGACCUGCAACAAAAACACACACAUGGGGGAAUCUGAUAUUAUCUAAGUAUCCAAUUGUAAAGUCUACUCACCAUCUUCUUCCCUCACCACAUGGAGAGUUGGCUCCAGCUAUCACAGCGACAGUGGACUAUGGAGGGAAACAUGUAGACUUUGUGGUCACUCAUAUGGGGAAUGAUAGAGAUGUACUGGACCGAGAACUACAGGCCAAAUUUCUGGCCAAGGAACUCAGAGAGAGCAAAAAUCCAGUAGUUUUCCUUGGUUAUGUGACCUCUGCCCCUGGAAGUCGUGACUACCAUGAACUUUUGACCAGUGGAAAUGUCAAGGACAUUGAUGAAACUGAUCGAGACAGAUGGUGUGAAUAUAUUAUAUACAGAGGACUCAGAAAACUGGGAUAUGCUCGUAUAACACAUGGGGGUUUGAGUGACACUGAAGUACAAAUGGCCAAAUUCCAGAUUCCAGGGAAUCCGGACAAUUACAAAGAUUACACAAGACUGACAACAGAUCCCUCUCAAGUGGAUCCUAGUGUACAUUUUAAUAAGAGAUUUGGAUCCUUUCAUCGUGGCCAUGGUUAUUUUUCUGACCAUAAAUUCCACAUGAGCACUCCUAAAUACUUCCUGCCAUAGAUUUAAUCAAAACUUGCCAUUCCUGACUUCCAGAAAUUCCAAGAAAUUACAAACUGUAUGCUUGUGUCUCUGUGCAAAGAGUGAAUGAUGCCUAUAAUUCUUUGAUUAUAAACAUGAAGCACCAUGUUUAAAUUACAAGGACCUGCAGCAGUGAACUAGUAUGCUUGACCAAUGAUACUCCAGAAUCUGUCAUGUAAAUGGUGUGCUAUUGCUAUCAUAUUUAACUGCAUUGUGAACAAGUGGUAAAGUUGAAUAUAAGGUUGAAGAUGUGAUUAGCUUAGUGUAACCAUACUCUACACUGGGCCUGUGACUUUUGUCCACUUUGCACUGGGAGAAACUGGUUUGAAGCACAACUGUACUUAGUUUUUAUUUCCUAGGAGAGAACAAAUAUGACAUUGAGUAAUCAUUAUACUAUAUCUUAAACCAGACAUUGAUUCUUUGUCCUCAUCAUUCAGAAAGAAAAUGCUAAUAAAAUGAUUUACCACUGAA